AUGGGACGUGGUGGUGGUCGACACGAGAUACGAUACCUUCUAGUAGUAGCAACUAGCAAGUGUGGCGAAAUUGCCCUGUGGGCGUUGCAGUGCGCACAGGUUGUCCUCGACGUAAAAGGCAAGGGGGGCAAGGGCAAAGCUGUUUUCGAAGAGCAAACCUCCUCCGAGUCCGAUCCAACUCGGCAACUCCCAUUGCCCUGUUGCCUCGCCUCGUCUCCGUCGCAUGCCACCUCCUCUGCCUCGCUUCACGGCCGCCGCCUCCGGAGGAUCCGCGCGACUGCCACUGCACAGUCGCAGGAGAAGCAGGCGGCGCCACAGUCGCAGCCCCCGGAGGGCGGGCGUCGGCGUCGCCGAGAGCAUCAUGCCGCACCUCCUCGACAUGGAGUGUUUGGGGAAUCCAAGAUCACUGAGUACACCCUAGUACAAGAGAAUCCGAUGGGGCCGGGCAAAACCGAGGUGGUGAUCCAGAACAAGCAGCACUACAAGGUGCUGGGCAAGCCGGUGGACCUGACGUCGCUCAUCAGGCUGCAGGUGGAGAACGGCAAGGUGGUUAAGCACGAGGACUGGUGCUUAGUAGUAGGAGGAGGAGGAGAUUCCGUUCCGUUGCGGUGGGGUGAACGAACGAGUCCACUCCAUCUUCGCAUCGCAUUCGCAUCCCAGCGAAACGGCAACGGCAAGCCACUGCCCUGCCCGCUCGCCCCUCCCUACUCCACUCCAGUCCCACAGUCGAUGAGACGACUCGAGGUCGCCGCGCUCGCCCUCCUCGUCGCCGGCGCCGCGGCCGCCGCGCUCGUCCUCCUCCUCGCCCUCUGCCGAGACCGCCGCCGCCGGGGGAGCAGCAUCAUCAAGCGGCCCGCGGCGCCCGAGCUGCCGCUCUCGAUGCCCCGGCCCACCGUCACCAACACCAAGGGCUGGCGCCAGCACCACCACCACCUCGCCCUCCUCCUGCUGCUCUGCUCGGGCCGCCGCCGCGCUCGCGUGGCGGCGGACGGCCACGCGCCGCCGUCGCCGUCGACGCCGACGUCCACGGCGGCGGUGCUGGAGGAGGAGGUGGCGGCGUGGCGGGAGCGGUGGUUCGGCGGCCCCGUGUCGCGGGCGCUCUACACCAUCUACGAGGAGGACGAGGAGGCCGCGGCCGCUGGCGCCGGCGCCGGCGGCGGGGAGGAGACGGAGACGCCGUUCUACACGCCGCCGACGUCGCCGCCGCGUGCGGGCGACGGUGGCAACAACGGAGCCACCGCGUACGCCGUUCCGAUCCAACUGACCCACUGA